UUUCCGGGAUUCUCUCUGCUGCUGCUGCCGGUGGCUGGCGCUGAAAACAUAACAACAGGCCCAAUGCGCAGAGUGGCAACAGCGUUGAACUUACAUUUUUAGAGUUCGUCGAAGCAAUUCGUGCAAGAAAAAGAGUGAGCUUCUCCGGUGCUGCUCAUCUGUAUUUUGGACGCUUUCAACAAUGAGUACUCGCCGUACUUCCAAGCGGACUUCAUCAAGGUCUCAAAGUGCAGCAUCUGCUGCAAGUACUAGUUCAAAAAAAGCGAAGCUUUCAUUUCCUGAAAUUGAUGGUUGUAAAAUGCGGUUUGAAUGGGAAGGUGAUGGAGGGAAAUGGGUACGAUACACCAAGGAAUACAACAGAAUUUUGACUGAUGCAUGUAGUGCAGAUAAAGAUAAGGUUGAACUGACUGUUCCCAGUGGUGCAAAGAUGCUUGUUCUCUUUGACAAGAUGGUACAAAAGAAUAAGAAAACAGGCUGGGAGAGGAGGGUUCGGAUUGGCCUAAAGAGUGCUAAAGACAAUGAUUUCAUGGUGACUUCAUGGCAAGAUGAAAGCAACAAGUGGUGUUCGUACAGUGUUGCCACCUGCUUGGAGAUAGCCAAAGCUGUUGGAGAAGGAGAGAAAUCUGUUCAGUUGGAGUCGACCCCAGUCCCUUAUGAUAUUGAUCUGAAGAAGAUGACGCAAACUAACUGCAAAUCCAAUUUCAGUCGGAAAAUCAAAAGAGAAAUUGCUGUGAGUGAUGUUCCACCUGAUGAUGAUGAGGAGGAGGAGGCGGAGGAGGCGGAGAAGGAAGAUGACAAAACAAGUGUAAAAAAGGAAAGCAAUGGUGCAGGUCAAACCACUGGGACUGCAAAAGGAUCUGUACCUGCUGUGGAUCCAAACUGCACAGCUAAGUCUGCAUCUGUGUAUGUGGAAGAUGGAGUUGCUUGGAGUUGUUAUCUUACUCAGACCAGUGCUUCUGGGACAUCCAUUAAAUUCUACCUGCUUCAGAUUGUGAAAGAAACGGCUUCUAAGUUUGCCUUGUGGAUUCGCUAUGGAAAAGAGGGUUGUGAUGGUACUCAUGAACUCACAAGAUUUGGAGCACAGUUGGAAAACGCCAAAGAUGUUUUCAUGGAAAAAUUUAAGGCCAAAACAGGUAACCUUUGGGAUAACAAAGACAGUUUUGUGAAAAAGGCUAACAAGUAUGAUUUCACAGGGGACAGUGUUGUUACUGUGCCUGUAAAGGAGGAGCAGGAAGAAGAGGAAGAAAUGGAAGAAGAGGAGCCCAAGCCGAAAAGUGGACGAGGAAAAGGGAAAAGUGCUGCUACAAAAUCGACUGUGAGGACGGUCAAGGUAAAAAAAGGGUCUGCGCCUGUGGAUUCCCUGUGUCCCAUUGCAGACAGCAGUGAGGUGUACACCGCAGGCAAUGUCGUGUGGGACUGUAUGCUCAACCAGACAAACAUUUCCAACAACAACAACAAGUUCUACUUAAUCCAGCUGCUUAAGAAAGAGGGCAAAGACUCGUUCCACGUGUGGAUGCGCUGGGGUCGUGUAGGCUACAAUGGGCAGAAUGAGCUGACCAACUGUGCUGGCUCUGUUGAUGAUGCCAAGAAAAUAUUUCAGAAAAAGUUUAGAGACAAGACAGCCAAUGAUUGGGCUUUGAGGGACAACUUUGUGAAACAUCCUGGGAAAUACGAUCUGCUCAAAAUGGACUACAGUACAGAUGAUAAAACUGAAGAUCAGGUUGAUGCUUCUAUCAAGACUGGAGAGGAAGAGGAUGUAAAAACUCCGGACUCAAAACUGGAGAAAAAAUUACAGGAUUUGGUCAAUCUGAUCUGUAAUGUCAAGUCCAUGGAGGAUGCUGUGGUGGAGAUGAAAUAUGAUGCCAAAAAGGCUCCUCUGGGUAAGUUGACAAAAGACCAGAUAAAAGCUGGAUACACAGCGCUGAAGGAGAUAGAGAGUUUACUUGAGAAGAAUGACACUGGACGCAAUCUGGCUGAGGCCUGCAGUGAGUUCUACACCAGGAUUCCACAUGAAUUUGGAAUGCAGACGCCACCUCUUAUCCGGACUCCACAAAUGGUGAAGAAAAAGCUGGAGCUGUUGGAGGCUCUUGAGGAUAUUGAGAUUGCCAUCAAGAUGCUGCAAGGUGGGGAUAAGUCCGAGAACCCGGUGGACAGACAUUAUCAUCAGCUCAAAUGUGAACUUAAGGCCUUGGAUCAUGGUGCAGACGAAUUCAAGUGGAUCAACAAGUACCUACAGCAGACACAUGCAGCAACACACAACAUGUACAAGAUGGAGUUACUAGACGUCUACGAGUGCCAGAAGGAUGGGGAGGCCUCGCAGUUCCAGGAUUUUGGCAACAGGAUGUUGCUUUGGCAUGGCUCUCGGCUCACAAACUGGGCUGGAAUUUUGGGUCAAGGUCUUCGGAUUGCUCCCCCAGAGGCCCCCGUCACAGGCUACAUGUUCGGGAAGGGUGUGUACUUUGCUGACAUGUCCAGUAAAAGUGCCAACUACUGUUUUGCUACCAAGAGUAAAAAUAUCGGAUUGCUGUUGCUGUGUGAUGUGUCUCUGGGUACCACAGAGGACAAACUGGCCGCAGACUACAACGCAGCCAAGCUCCCUAACGGGAAGAACAGUGUGUGCGGCCUCGGCAGGGUAGCCCCAGAUCCUGCUGCUUCUAUGUCUUUAGCCGAUGGUGUGACUGUGCCACUUGGGAAAGCCAAGGACACGGGUGUGGUGAACCCUUCCGGCUACACUCUCAACUACAACGAGUUUAUUGUGUACAACACACAGCAGGUCCUUAUGAAGUACUUGGUACAGGUCAAAUUCAACUUCAAAUAGGAUUCACCCGAUAGCGGACCAGGUCUCCACAAGGCAGCGGCUAUAGAUUUGUUUAUGUAUGUUUUGAUUAGCCCUUUCGUUGCCCGGGGGUAUAUGUUCCUACUGUCAGCACUGAUUUUCAGGUGAGCUCGUUACUCAGGACAGCAGCCUAAUGUCUUAAUGUUAAUGGACGCCCGGUCUAGAUCUAAGGCACUCAUGACGUAUUUCAGACACCGGGUCUUCAAUUGUACCCAAUUCUCACUUUUCUUAUACUUAUACCCCUUUUCGUCUCAUCUUACUCAUAAUUUCGAAUAACCUGCAGAUCUAAGUCAAAAAGUGAAUUUAUUUGCCUUUUUAAAGUCAUUUCGAUGUUUACGUUUUAUGAGAGCAUGCGGCCGCCCACAAGCCUAGGUCUGUUCCUCGAUCACUUGUAAGCCCAGCAGAAAAAAAAUACCAGCAAAGUUGGUACAGAUGUGCGAGUCUUUUAUCCCCGAAUACGAAUCUACGCAGCUCUUGUGGCUAAAACUCCGUACAGAAGAAUUAGAGCCAGGUUAUUAGCGUGGCGUAUAUGUAAUGUCAUACAGGCAACCCGGAGCGGCAAAUUUUGCCAACUUCCGUGACGUUCAUGGUACGGCACAGCGCUAAAAAUUAUGCAUUUACAUGACAUACCAGGUACAGCGUAAGGCGACGAAGGGUUAAGAAGAUCCCCCAGAACAGAGGCAGGUGGAGAGGUCUUUCUUGGUGGCUUCUUGAUGCAAUACCAGGGUGAAAGAGGGGAGUGAUUAUGUUUUAAUUGAGAGGACCCAAGUUAGUUGUCUUGUGUUUGAAAGACUUUUUAGUAAAAUAUUGAAAAUUAUGUUUUCAUGUACUGAAUGCACAAUGUCAAAGUUCAAGAAAUCUUUGCCAGCUGUGAGCAAUUUAAGUAGGAAGACUCGAUGAAGCAGCAUGAUGUGAAAGUCUGUGCAAGAAUGACGGACAGAUGUGGAUCUUUCAAUGUCAAAGGAAAGAAUGAAAGUUCUAUUGUGUGUGUGUUUGUGUUUAUGGAAUUUUUAUGCUUUGAAUGCGAGUAUUUUUUUGUUCAUUUCUAGAGUAGUGUGUAUAUUGAAAAUUUAGUGGAAAAUGUAAGAAAUAAAAUUUCUUUUUUUUAUCUGUGA